AUGGCCACCGAUUCGUCCUCCCGAUCGGCGUCCCGCUCCCGAUUCCGAGACUGGGAUGCCAUCUUUCUUCCCGACCUCUCUCCUACUCCCACCACCGUAGCAUUCGAAGGAAAACUGCCGAAGCCGAAUGCCAUGGUCCCCGUACCCACGGUUGCUUCUGCCGUACUGUCAACCAUCACACUCCCAUGGCGCGUCGGCCAGCGCUUGUUCCGGCGAACCCAUGAAACUCCCCGAAAGCCCAUUUUUUCUCUCUUCGUACGUCCCGGCGAGAUGGUCUUGGUGGCGAGCGCCGAGCCGGCCGAGUGUACACAAUUGCUGCGCGCUAUUGUCCGGCACGUGUCGUAUCCCGGGGUUGCCGUCUUCUGCAGCGCCGACGAUGUCCAUCCGCACGUGCUAACGGUGGAGCAGCUUCUGCGCUUCCGGUUGCGCGCGCGGGCCGUACGCUCACCCAGCGCCGAGGACGACGCUGUCGAGCUUCUCCUACGUCUCUUCCGCAUCGAGUCGAUUCGCAAUACCCUCAUCGGCAACGCCGUCGUGCGCGGCAUCUCCGGCGGCGAGCGCCGUCGACUGUCCGUGGCCGAAGCGCUCCUCAGCGGCGCCAACGUCCUCUGUUUCGACGACUUGACCCGCGGGCUCGAUGCGGCCAUCGCGCUGCACUGCGUGCAGUGCCUUCGCUCCGUCGCCGACGCCUAUCGCCUGACCAUCUUCGCCAGCCUCUCGGCCGCCUCCGACACCAUCUAUGCCACCUUCGACCAGCUCGUGGCCAUUCGCGAUGGGCACCAAGUCUUCGGCGGGCCGCCCACCGCAGUCCGCCCCUGUGGGGAUGAUGCGCAGACCCAGCCUGCUCCACCUCUCGCAUCGUACUUUGACCAUCUGCACGCCCGCAUCGCUCCGCGUGCAUCGUCGCCCACCGCCCACGAUAUGGCCGACGCUUUUCGGCGGUCGGCGCACUACGCAGACACGGCUGUUUGCCUGGCUACGUAUCUCGCCGAAGAACAAGCAUCGUCUGGGAGUUCGAAUCAAUCGCCUCGGCAUCACCAAAAACGACAUGCCAUGAACAGAAAAGUCGUAGCCUUGCUGCAACGCCAGAUGUUGCUCGCAUGGAAAGAUCGCUUCGCCUUGACCGUUUCGUGGAUCCUGUUUCUCGUCCUCGGAUGUACGAUCGGCCUGGCUUGCUUUCAGCUCCAGCGCACUGGAGCAGGCGCGCAAGCGCGUGGUGGUCUCCUGUACACAUGCGUCCUCGGCAUCGCCGUCUCGGCGCAGGUGGAAGUGGCGAAGACCACUCUGGGCCGGCCGUUGCUUCGCAAAGUCUUUGCCUACCGAUUCGAGAGACCCGCUGCCUUCUGGACCGCGCAAAUCGCCGUCGACACUAUGCUCGAAAGCAUGCGCGUCUUCAUCUUCGCCAUCUGCGUCUACUUCCUGACGGCUCUCCACCGCACCGCCCCUGCUUUUCUCUACUUCCUGGCAGUGCUCCUUCUUUUGUACAUGUGCAACGUACUGAUGAACCGCGCCAUUGGAUGUAUGUGCCGCAGUUUUGACAGUGCCAUUCGGACCGCCACGUUCGUCUUCGUCUUCUACAUGAUCACCGCGGGCUACAUCGUGUCGCAAGCAACGCAGCCGUCCUGGCUCAAAUGGACAUACUACUUGAAUCCUUUGGCUCUCGCCUUUUCUGCCUUGAUGAUGAAUGAAUUCGAGCACAUUACAAUCGACUGCCAAAGCAGCGUCUUAUCCUUCCCUCCCACUCGACCGCUACCGGUCAACGCUUUGCAGAGCGGCGUGACAUGCGGUCUUGCUACCUCCGCAGAUCGUACAUUCCUCGUGGCGGGCGGAACAUACUUGCAACUAGACUUCGACUACGACACCCACGACAAGGUGAGAACUAUCCUCAAUCUGUUGGCCUUGGUGGGUCUGUUCUUCAUCGCAAACCUUGCGCUAGCCGAGAUAUUGGAUUGGGACUCUCCAGCGAGCAGCGUAAUGGUGUCGGUCCCGAAGAACAUCCAGCCUCCGCAACAGACCAGGACAGCGUGCAUGACCGCUUUCGUCCCUACCCCUCCAACCUCAGAGUUUGUCCAGUCUCCAGCAGCAUGGACUCGUGGGGUGUCCCGUCUGACCUUCUGCCGACUUCGCUACGACAUUGCCACGGAAAGGGGCCAGCAAUCGAGACGACUCCUCGACGAAGUGACUGGUGUCCUAGAAUCUGGCCAGUUACUGGCCGUCAUGGGCGCUUCAGGCGCAGGUAAGACCACCCUGCUCAACCUGCUCAGCGGUCGCGAACAUUCGGGAGUCCGAGGUGGGACAGUCAGCGCAUGCACUUCUCGGGGUCUCCCGCCGACGAUCGGAUACGCUGAGCAGGUGGAUAUUCACGAACCCAAGUCUACGGUCCGCGAAGCCAUGUUGUUUUCCGCGUGCCUUCGGCAGCCGAAGCACGUGUCUUUUGCCGAGAAAAGGGCCUGGGUAGAUCAUUUGAUCCCUCUGCUGGAGCUCACUCCUAUCCAGAAUGCCAUCAUUGGUGUGGUGGGAUCGGGCUCAGAGUUGUCCGCCCGCGACCGCAAACGGACCACCAUCGCCGUGGAACUGGCAGCGAAGCCGGAUAUUCUGUUCCUGGACGAGCCUACCACCGGGCUGGGCAGCGAGGGUGCACUCGCCAUUGCGCGCUUACUACGGAAACUGGCAGACCACGGUCAAGCAAUCGCGUGCAGUAUCCAUCAGCCCAGCGCGAGUACGCUCGAAAAUUUCGAUCAGGUCUUAUUCUUGCACAAUGGGAAGAUGGUAUACUUUGGUCCAUUGGGAUCCGGACUCUGCCGCCCAGCGGAAUACAUAGCACGGCAGACGUGCUCCUCCUGCCCCGUAGGCCGCGAUCCUGUUGAAUGGAUGACUACCCAAGUGAUCGGGAGCUCGCCAGCUCACCAUGAGACGUGGAGUGAUGCUUGGGCCAGCUCAGAAGAGGCAGACAUGCUCCAAGCCAGUCUGAAACCCACAUCAUAUUCCGAAACCUCGCGAGCGGAAUCCAUGCGAGGCCAUCCAUGUCAGGCAUCCGUCUGGUACCAGAUUCACCAACUCACCCUUCGAAAUAGUACAGCACUUUGGCGAACGCCCGAAUAUGGAUUUUCUCGGUUCAUCAACCAUGUCGCCCUUGCCGUCACCAUCCGGAUCGUUUUACCCCAUGCCGGCCACUCAAUCCGUGACAUGGUCCACAGGGUGCUGGCGCUUUGGCAGACCACCAUGCUCCCAGCCUUUAUCCUCACCACGGUGGAAUAUCGUUUCCAUGCUUCACGACGCCUCUCUCUGCGGGAAAGUGCCACAUCCACCUACAGCAACACCGCACUUGCAGUCUCAGCCAUGCUCGUCGAGAUACCAUAUUGCUUCUUGUGCACUGCUGGUUUUGUGCUUCCGCUCUUCUCUCUCGUCGGCCCGCUGGUUCUCUCGCAAGUCACGUAUUUCGCCCUGGCCGUGUUUCUGGUGCAGAUCUUCUGCGUGACGUUGGCACAGGCCAUCGCUACCCUCUCACCGUACGAACGUAUUUCGACCCUGUUCAACACGCCGAGUAUCACGGUCUUCGCUCUAUUUUGCGGCAUCUCCGUUCCUCGCUCCGAACUUCCCGGCUUUCUGCGCAAUUGGCUUUACUAUCUCAAUCCGUACACCUGGCUCAUGAGCGGGCUCCUCACGAAUUCCAUCCAUGGUUUCAACGUCCAGUGCGCAGGAAAUGAGCUCACGGAUAUCACUGUUCCCCUUCCUCAGACGUGCCAACAGGCCAUGUCUCUACUCUCCACCUUGCACGAUCCAGGUUACAUAGCCGGCAACACCUCGGAGGUCUGUCACUAUUGCCCAUUGACCACCGGAGACCGUUACUCCGAGUCUCUCGGGCUCAGUUACGCCCAGAGAUGGAAGUAUUUGGGUGUAUUCUCCGUGUUUUGCGUGAGCAAUGUAGGCUUGAUCCUUCUUGCCCAACAAUUUCGACGUCGAUGAGAGACUAGGAGCAGAGACGACGAGAACCUUUCAAAUUCUGUCUGGCAGCGGAGG